UGUUAAGAAUUCCAUUGUCGAAUUCUUGUUUUGUAUUUCUAAGUUGUCAUCGUCUUCCAGAAAUCGAAGACCCGUUAAAAAUCUAAUUUCGUAUGUUAGAGACGUAAUCGUUUUGGAGGUCAACAGUUUGUUCUGUAUCUUUCGUCGCUUCUAUUUCUGGGUUUAGUUUAGACGUAUCGGCCGAAAAUCGAAAGGGGAAAAAUAAUCUCUGGCAUUUUUAAACCGGAAGAAUAGUUGGUUCUACAUGAAAAUAAACUUCCAGUGAUCGAUGGAUUGUAUUCAGGUUGCAUGAUCCAAGAUGGCAGAGCUUGUAUCCAUCCAAAAGUUCGAUUCCCCUUCAUUUGACGGAACGCCUCCCCGAUGGGCAGUCAGGGUUCUUGUCCCUCCCGGCACUAAAGGAAAGGAAGGAGCAGCGUGGUCAGCAAAUGGAGGUUUUGACAUAUCAGCGGUCGAUUCCGGAACACCGUCCAGUGGUAGCGGCUUCCACUCCCGCCGGCCACCGGUCAGUUUACAGUGGCAAAACAUCACGCUUACUACUAACAAUGGCAAGCCCAUUUUAAAAGGAGUAACUGGCAGUGCCAGUACUGGUGAGUUGACGGCCAUCAUGGGACCUUCGGGGGCUGGAAAAUCCACUCUCCUCAACGUUCUGUCCGGUUUCACGCGUGCCAAAGUGAAUGGUCAAAUCACAGUGAACGGGGCUCGUCGGGACAUGCGUGUAUUCCGCAAGCUCUCCUGCUACAUCAUGCAGGAUGACCACCUGUUGCCCCACCUGACGGUGCGAGAGUCCAUCCAGCUGGCGGCCAGGCUGAAGAUUCCCUCCAGCGUCUCGAAUCAGGAGAGGGAGAAAGCGGUCGAUGAAUGUAUAGAGGCUCUGGGUCUGACUGAGCGGCAAAACAAUAAAGCCAGCCAACUUUCUGGAGGACAGAGGAAGAGGUUGUGCAUUGCUCAGGAACUAGUCUCCAACCCGCCUCUCAUCUUCCUCGACGAACCCACCAGUGGCUUGGAUAGCUCUUCAUGCCUGCAAUGUGUCCAAUUGUUGAAGUCGUUAGCUGAAGAAGGCCGGACAGUGAUUUGCACAAUUCAUCAACCCAGUGCCCGGAUAUUCGAGCUAUUUGAUAAGCUGUACAUGUUGGCAGAAGGUCACUGCAUUUACAGAGGAUCGACUAAGAACCUCAUUCCUUUCUUGAGCGAGCAAGGUCUAUCUUGUCCCACAUACCACAAUCCAGCGGAUUUUGCAACGGAGGUGGCGGCAGGCGAGCACGGCGACUGGAUCUGGAAGCUUAAGACGGCAAUCGACAACUAUGAUGGAGCCAAUGAUGUCACGUCUUUGGCUGACGAGUCUUUCAUCUUCGAUGGGCGCACUGAACUCGGAUUGCAGGCUUCUACUCUUUGCCUAUUGGAAGAUCAGGUGGAGAACAAACCUUCUCUCUUAAAGGAGAACGCCUUGGAAAGCAGCUUCGGUGGUUAUGCUACCAGUUCCUGGAAUCAAUUUAAAGUUCUUACGUACAGGAGCUUAAUUUGCACGCUUAGAGAACCAAUGGCGACACAGCUCCGCUUCUUCGCCCACGUGAUAGUUGGUCUUUUGCUGGGCAUGCUGUACUAUGGCAUCGGUAACGAUGCCAGCAAGAUUUUUAACAAUUCUGGGUUCCUCUUUUUCUCGCUGCUCUUCCUCAUCUUUACCGCCAUGAUGCCAACUGUCUUAACAUUCCCCAUGGAGAAAACGAUAUUUGCCAGAGAAUACAUCAACAGCUGGUACAGUACCAGAAUGUACUACUUGGCCAAGACUGUUUCGGAAAUACCUUUUCAGAUCUUGUUCCCUGUGAUCUACUGCAGUAUCGUGUACUGGAUGACUUACCAACCAAAUGAUUUAGUACGAUUUGGCCUCUUUAUCCUAUCCUCUAUCAUGAUCUCUCUGGUGGCGCAGUCCGUUGGUUUGCUUAUUGGAGCUGCUACAAGCGUGCAGAAUGCUGUAUUCUUGGCUCCCGUGGUGUCCAUCCCAAUUCUGCUAUUCAGUGGUUUCUUCAUCAGCUUGGAUACUAUUCCACCCUACCUAAAAUGGCUGUCUUACAUCUCUUACAUUCGUUAUUGUUACCAGAGCGUGCUACUCGGCAUCUACGGCUUAGACAGAACCGAACUGCAUUGUGAUAAAAUCUUCUGCCCCUUCCAAGAACCUCAAGACUUCCUGAAGGAGAUGGAUAUGGCGGGCGGGAACCUGUACAUUGACUAUGCUGCCAUGUGGGCUUUCUUCUUCGUCUUCAGACUGAUCUCCUAUUACGUGCUGUACUAUAAAAUGGUCUACAAUCGGUGAAUACUAAGUUGCUUGGAGACGCAUCUUAAUUUCUUGCAGAAAUUGACAUUGACACUUUCAUUUUUUUCCAAGAACAGUUGUGCAUUUUAUUACUGAAUGGUUUUAUAUUGUGUGCUUUUAGACACCUUGUACAAUUGUGACUUAUCGUUUCCAUUUUUUUAACGGAAACUUUGAGAAAUCUAAUGUUGGUUGCAGCAAUGUCUUGGAAAUGCCUUCAUGUAGUGAACUUUCUGAUCUAUUUUGGAACAAUUUGUAAAGUCUGUGGUAGGAUGUUGUGAGAACCGACUUUCAAUAUGCUCAAGUCACAAUGGUGAAAUUAGCUGAAAAAAUCAUUCGAUGCGUCUCAAACUAUUCGUCAUGUAGACCAAAGUGCUUCAUUUCUUAAGGAGGAAAAAUUACCUCUUGUCGUACUUCACGAUUCUCAAUUUUUCAAUCCAUCAACCAGAUGUCAUCUGUAUGCAAUGUUUGCAACCAGUAUACCAAAUGUUUUGCGUGUGCAUAAUUUCCGUGAUUUCUCUAACCACCGAGUGGUUUGUUUUAAUGAUUUUAUUUUUAUAUUCUCAAAGUUUGAAUAGUCAAACUGUAUUCAAGUGUGUUUAAUUUAAAGAGUUCUGUAUUCGGACUUAUUAGAUUUCGGAUUUUACUUAGUUUUAAAGGAUUUUACAAUAAAGUAUUUUAGUUGAA